AUGUCAUAUGAAAGCAAAGGUUUCUGGCCUCUGAAGAACAAUGAGCAUAACAGCGAGGAAGAUUCAGUGUUUGAUCACUCAACAAGAGACGACGCAAAGCGUCCACAUCCUUGGUUUGUGGAUUCUUCUCGCUCAGAGAUGUUUCCAAACAAGAAGCAAGCAGUGCAAGAUCCAGUAGGAUUAGGCAAACCAAACGUUGUAGGUCUUCCACUGUGGGAAAGCUCGUCGGUUUUCCAAUCGGUCUCGAACCAGUUCAUGGACCGGCUUCUAGGGACUGAGAUGCCGAGGCCGCUUUUGUUUGGUGACAGAGAUAGAACAGAAGUUGGUCGAUAUCAUCAUCACCAAGCUAAGAGUGUAGGAGAGGCUUUUAUGGAAGAUAGGUCUGUUGAGUUGUCGAUAUCUAAUGGCGUUGAGGUUGCUGGAAGCUGUUUCGGUGGUGAUGGGAUUAGGAAACUUCAAGUUAGUCGUGUUAAGGACGCCAUGAGUAGUUUAGUAGACGGUCAUGGUCAGAGGAAAGACGAGUCAGCUUCGAUCCGAGCUUGUAGCAGAGAAAACGAGAGUAGUAGCUUUGUGAAUUUCGCACUGGCGGGUCAUCCUUAUGGCAAUGAGGAAGAUUCUCAUGGAAUCACAUUUGGUGAGAUUAACGAUGAGCAAGGUGUUGGCUCUAGCAACAACUAUCAGUCUUAUGUUGAGGAUCCAAUAGGAACAUCUGAUUUGGUUUUUGGGCAAGAAACACAAACCGCCGAAGUUGUAAGUGAAGAACAAGUGGCUAAACCGAGUUUGGAGCCUCUUCCGAAGAUCAAAGAGGCCAAGACGUCAAAGAAGGAAGCUUCCACAAGCUUUCCGUCAAACGUCAGAAGCUUGAUAUCAACUGGUAUGCUCGAUGGCGUUCCUGUGAAGUAUGUUGCUCUCUCACGUGAGGAGCUUCGAGGAGUCAUCAAAGGAUCGGGUUAUCUCUGUGGAUGUCAAGCUUGCGAUUUCACAAAGGUGCUUAACGCGUAUGCAUUUGAGAGACACGCGGGAUGUAAAACAAAGCAUCCAAACAAUCAUAUUUACUUUGAAAACGGGAAGACGAUUUAUCAGAUAGUUCAGGAACUUAGGAACACUCCAGAGACUACGCUCUUUGAUGUGAUUCAGACUGUCUUUGGUUCUCCUAUCAACCAGAAAGCAUUUCGCAUAUGGAAAGAAUCAUUCCAAGCAGCGACACGGGAACUUCAGCGUAUCUAUGGCAAAGAAGAGCGUUCCUUUUGA